CAUAGACGCUAAAUUUCAUUUAUUUGUUUAAUUAAUGUUUAAGUGUUUUAUGUUACUAAUUAUUUCGUAUAAAGCGAUACGCCAUAGUAUAUUUUAUAUAGUUUUAAUAAUAAUAAAUAUUAGUUUCUAAAAAUUAAAGCGGAAAAGGAAAAACCACCAACUAAUUGGAAGAAAGCAACAAACACAUUAAAAGAAAUUUGGCAAACAACAAUAAGUACAACAAAUAAUUUCCUUUUCCUAUCAUACAUUAACGAAUUGCUUUAAACAAAAAUAAGAGAAAAACCAUGAACGAUCAUCAAAUGCGCCACAAAAAACCACGUAAAAUAUUAGGCAACGGACCAAGUACUGAAUAUUCGAACUCAGUUAAUAAUUUAAGUGGUCAUAUCUGGAAUCAAACUGCUCAACAAAACUCCCAAUUAAAUAACACCAACUACCAAAGCAUUAACAGCCUCACUUUAACUGACCCCAUUAAUUCAAUUACAUCACUUCAUUUACAACAACAACAACAAAUGGAACGUUUACGACUGGCCAAUAUAAUGAAUCAAGAAAUGCAUGCUUUAUGGCCUUAUGGUACUGCCACUUUUCUAUCCCCCAUGCUGCCAGCCCAUAACAUGCAUUUGCCUUAUGCUUUAGCCGGCACUCUACCUUAUGCAGCUGUUCCCAUUUAUCAAAGCUUACCUAAUGCUCAACCAUGUACUGUUUCGCCGGUAUCUUCAUCAUCAAGUGGUUCCUCUUCCGUCGUCACAUCAACAACCAAUCAGCAACAACAACAACAAAGUCAAAUUCUUCAACAACAUUUAUUGCGCUCUAACUCGAUUUCAAGUAACAAUUCCAGUGCUCUUGGCAAUGGCAGUGUAGUUUCUACGACCAAUCAAAAUUCCGUUAACGAUCCCAAUAAGAUUAAUAUACAAAUUGGUUUACAGUGUGUCUCACAAAAUGCACCUCUGAACAUUAACUCUAUGAAUGAUACGUUUGCCAAAGUUAAUUUGUUGAACUUUUGUAAUCCAUCUGGUCAAAUGGUGGAAAAGGAUUGUAAAGAAUCAAAUUCCUCACUGAGAAACUCUCCUGUUCUUUUAUCUUCCGAUGACAGUUCGGGUGUCAUUAUAAAUGGAGCUGGUGGUGAUGCUACGAAUUCCCUGUCUCCGGGCAGCAGCAAUGGUACAGUCACUUUAUCGCAAGCAAAAUUCAAUGAAUUAACACGUUUAGCCUUAAGAGGCAGUGAAAUAGCCGAAAAGUUGGCAUAUACCCAUCGUAAUCGUCCGUGCUUCAAGAAGAUUGAUAGUUUGUGUGCACGCAUGAAACAGGAUCUUAUACGACCCGAUGGCGUUUUGCCCAAUAUCAAUUCUCAGGGUAUUGCCUGGGCUGUCAAAGAUUUUAUUUUUGUCUUCACGCGCGUCAUCAAUGCUUGGAUUAUAAUUAAGGGUUAUGUGUACAACACUCCGGAGGGCUUGAACAAAGUUAAAUCAGCUUUAAGUCCAGAUUUUGCAGAAAGUUUUGCCGCUUGGCAAGAUACGACCAUGGAUUUUAUAGAAAAUCUUAUAAAAUCCUUUGUUAACUUGGAUAAUUUGGUGCAAUCUCAGAAGAAUGUCUACCAAAAGUCGGACAAUACACCCGCAACGGCAGCGGGCAAUCGUAAUAACAACAUUAGCAGCAACACCUCCACAACACCCAUUAAAAUAUUACAACCGGGAUAUCCUUUAAUGGAGGAAUCUUUCGACUUCUUAAACUCAUCUGCUGAAAAAUGUACACAAAAUUCUUUAAAUAAAAAUUAUAUCUAUACCAUGGUUGAAGACUCGGAGGGCAGUCAACGUCAGGCUACAGAGAAUGGCACAUAUUUUAAGACUGGCACCUACAAUCCCAUUAAAAAAGAUCCACUUUUGCCUGGAGAAACAUGUUCGGAUUCCUCUGGCCAUUUGUUUGCCACCACCACAAAUACAGCAUUGGAACAAUAUAUCGAUGAACAUAUAAAUGAAUUUUGGUCUCCCGCCGUAGAUAUGGACUUGUCCACUACAUCCAAUGACAAUGCUGUAGCUUCAACUACUUCAGAUUUUAUAAAACUAAAAGAAAACAUUGCUGCAAAUUGGUUAAACUAUGAUCUGCGUGUUUUGCAGCAUCAUCUUAGUGAAUUUUCUACAGAUUAUGAUCCCAAUGGGCCACCUCGCCCUUUAGGCAAAGAUCUCAUCGAAAAACUCAACAUAAUGAUAGAACGUUUGAAUGCCAUGAAAAGUGCCGAUUUCUUUUUUAAAAUACAAUUCACGGAAAAUUAUUUUCCAGAAUUUGUUGCCAAGCAUAAAACGGAUUUUAUGGAUAUACGUUCUAUCAUUUUUAAAUGCCAAAUUGGUGGUUAUCAACACAUUUAUGAAGUUGUUCACGAUGUUAGGAAAAUUAUUUAUGUCGGUAAAGAGUUUUUAAAGAUAAAUAACGAUACAAAUUUACAAAAAUCAAUAAUGGCAUUUGAAGUUGAAUUUAAUAAAUUAUUAAGUGAAGCACCAUUUGAAAAUUUACAAUUUGAUCAUAUUAAAGGUGAUCCGAAAGAAACAAUUUAUACUUCUACUAAUAUAAAUAAUUAACUCAAAAACAUAGAAACAAAUAGUUUAAUAAGUUUUUAGUUUGAUCUUUAUUUUAAAAAAAAAAACUCUUAAAUAACACUAGUUUAUAAUUUUUGUUUAAUUAACUUUU